GCCGGAACUUAAAAAUGGUCUUGAUUAACCCGGAGGAGUUACGACGGUGCACCACGUUUAGGGGGUGUGUGCCGCCUGCUUUGAGCUUCUCUCAGAUAUUACUGACUGAAGACUGAGUUUUUACUGUUGAAGACCAUGAUUGAUCAGCCAUGGACCAGAUCGUCUUCAAUCAUGAUAGUGUGCUGUCAGAUGUCCACAUGCUCUGUCCCAACACACGUCACCUCAUGACGCGCCUCAACAGUGUUGGACAGCCUGUGUUCACCUCUAAAUUUGAGAUUUUGUCCGAUGCUGAAAGGCACGGCAAAAAAGGGUCUCCGACGACAGAAAACAGUGACACUGAGACACGAGUCCAGCUACGGAAAGAUGGCGAAGGAGGUGGUGAAGGGACUGUAGAAUCUGGAUUGGACGAGGAUGGAGAUUUUGACAUUGCACAUCGACCGAGGAAGAAAAGUACAGAAGAGUGCCACCGAGACGUUAUCUGUCCUGUCAUUCUAAAACAGUCAAACGUGUCAACUCUACUACAAGAAUUUGAUACAGACGAUGAAGCUGAUGACGGCUGUGAUGACUUUAUACGAAUCGAGCAUACUAUGGCAACGCCCCUGGAGGAUGUUGGCAAACAGGUUUGGAGAGGGGCUUUCCUUAUGGCUGACUUCCUCCUCUCUAACCCACUCAUGUUCAGAGCGGCGACAGCUGUAGACCUCGGAGCUGGAACGGGUUUAACCAGCAUCAUCAUGGCCACCGUAGCUAAACGGGUCUACUGUACAGAUGUUGGAGAGGACCUUUUAAGCAUGUGUCAGAAAAAUAUAACAUUAAAUGAAAACAUGAUCGAGCGUGCAGGUGGUGAAGUGAAAGUGCGACAGUUGGAUUGGCUCAAGUCAGAACUUUGUACAGAUUCUGAUGUUGAAUUUAGCUGGACAGAGGAGGAAGUUGCGGACAUACAUGACAAUGCUAGCUUCAUCAUUGCUGCCGAUGUUUGCUACGAUGAUGAUCUGACGGAUGGCCUGUUUCGCACACUUUAUAGGCUGUGCAAUAACUUUUUUCAUGCCUGCACCAUUUUCAUCUCUAUUGAGAAAAGGUUGAACUUCACCCUGCGAGAAAUGGAUGUGUCCUGUGAGGCCUACAACCAUUUCCGGCACUGCCUGUACCAACUUGAGGACACGGUGGACGGACAAUGCAAAUACACUGUUGAACAGCUCCCUUGUACCUUCCCCCAGUUUCUUCAGUACGAACGCAUAGAGCACCUGGAGCUAUGGAAGGUGACUGUCAAUAGAGUCCCCUCUGAAAAAACCGAGGCUUCUCAGCAGCUCACAUCUUGACCUGCACUCUCUGCAUCUGCAUCGAUUUUCCAACCUCCUGCACCACUAUCCUCUCCAAAGAACUUUCUCCAAUGUCCCAAGUUUUGUUCCUGGGUAUUUGCAUCUGCCACAUCACACUUCAAAUAUUGCGGCUUCACUACAUUGCUGAUUUUUUUUAAAGCAUAUUCGACAUAUUUCUCACCUAAAUUUUAAGUUAAGACUUACGUCUUAUAUGUAUAACAGUGAAGUAUUUGUCUUGUUUAUUAUUAUGUUGUAGUGAUCGAUAAAGACAUUCAUUAAGCGGGACUUGCGUUUCCGGGUUAAAGGUUACCACGGCAGCUAAACUUGGUCAACUUGAUUAAAGAUAGACUAGCGCCGACUUUUGGCAGAACAUUUUUUUGAUGCACUCAUCCUCAACCUCAAUAAGACAUCUCCACAUUGAUGAGCCUUUGACGUAAGCGAUGUCAAAAAGACGAGAUGCGAUACGUACAGUACGUUUGAGUUAGUUUUUGCCUAAUUCCUCACUCAAAGUGUGACCGAGGAAUGCCUGAUAAGUCCGAAAGAGAUGAUACAGAAUUAUCUGCUAGCAGAUGCUACUGUACCUGGUGGUUGUUUGAGCACACUGCAGCUAGUCCGGGACAGUCCCACUCCUUAACCCUUCAGUCACACACAGGAUUCUCACAGGAAUGAGGCAAAAAAACAACCUUACCUACUGUAUCACAUAAAGGCGCCUUGAUGUGCAAAAUCUACUUUUCUUACCUAUUGGAUGGUACCUGUUUUUGUGUAUUAGAGAUCCACAAAAGUCCCGAAAAUGUGAAAUCAAACUAUGGAGACAUGGCAGAAAUAUUUAUAAAACAAUCUUGCCUUCUUCCAAACGAGCCGUUUGUAAUUUUGAGACAAUUGUGACGUAGCUUGCCUCAGUUAUGUCAGCGGAUAACUCCGUAUAUGGUGGAGAUUUACCUGAAAGGCCUACUGAAAGCCACUACUACUGACCACGCAGUCUGAUAGUUUAUAUAUCAAUGAUGAAAUCUUAACAUUGCAACACAUGCCAAUACGG